CGGACGUUAACUUGUCAUCUACCACUACCACCACAAGUUGAGUUACUACUAAACGAGCUGUUAUACUGACAACAUGGUAAACCGGGUAACUGUUAUAUUUUUUGUUUAUCUCUGUGCUGUACACCAGGUGUAUUCAGCUAUCCUGACGAAUAUCAGAAGCGAGGCGGGAGUCUCGAGCCUGCUUAAAAUACGUAAAGAAUAUUAUAUGGUUGAUUUUGAUGACGACAAUGUUUUAACGCACCACAAUUGUCAUAGAUACAUUCGAAUAGAUGAUAUAAAUGGUGAUGGUGACAUUACAUAUGAAGAGGUAGAGGCCAACCCAGAUACACCCAGAUUUCCUAUGGAAGUCUUCCUAGCAUGGGACGCAAACAAUGACGGUGUUCUUAAUGAUAUAGAUGUCAAUGCAGUGUUUGAGAUGGUCCCCGGUACCGGAAAUAUAGUGGAUUUACAAGAAUUCUUGACGAUCUAUUCUUCUAGAAUGAAUGAAACAACUGGACCAGUAAUGAAGAUACAGUCUUUUGUCCAGGCUGAGAGAGAUUUCUUGAUUAUAGAUGAAAAUGAUGAUAAUAUCUUGACUAGAGAAGAAUUUAAAUUGGAAUUUAGAUUGGCCGACAAAAACAAGAAUGGAAAUUUGGAAGAAACAGAAGUACGCCACAUGUUCCCAAUGAGAAGUACUCCCCCAGAAAACAUUUGUCCAAACAUCUCUGUAAGCUGUUCUGUUGAUGACGUGAUUCUUCUUUUUGAUGCAGCAGACAAAAAUCAAGAUUCCCAGCUCAGCGUUGAUGAAUACAUUCAACAUUUUGGAAACUUGAUUCAAAACUAAUCAUAAAAGAUAUUGUAAUACAACUCGACGAGUCUUGAGUCAUAUUAUUAUUAUAUGAAAUAAACUUUUAUUGAACAUU